UGGAGUCACUGGAGCAAAUAAUAUUCUCAGCGCAGAGCGGAGCAGAAGCAGCGUGCGGAGAGGCAUGGAGGCCAUACUGCUCUCUGAGCCAAAGAAGACCCAAGUAGAUGUGGAGGAGACAGGGAUGUCUUUGGAAGACUACAUCCUUCUAGCUGACAUUCCAAAAAUCCAGCUGGAGUCAGAAGAGGAGCUGCCCGGCUUCAGACGGAGGAACCAGAGUCCCAGUCCUUGUCGGGAUCAGAGACUUCGAUCAUAUGGAUAUCAAGAUGAAGUGGAUGUUUUCGGGUCCACGGUUGAAUCAAAUGACAGAGGUAGAGGACGGGAGAGAGGCAGAGAUCGGAGGGAGAGGUACCGCGAUUUGGAGAAUGGACGAUCGUCCCGACGGCAGUCAGUCACAUCUGUCCACACUCAGGGUUCUGACAAACUGAACGGGAAACGCAGAUCGUCCAAAGCUCCUCGCGAACGUCCACAGACUCAGAUGAAUGAAGGGGUGGAUGUCACGACUGGAUGAGCAAGGCAAGUGGAGGAAACACUGGUUUGUCCUGACACACACGUGGCUGAGGUACUUCAGGGACGCCGAUGCUGAGGAGUCAGAUGAUCCGGAGGGAGAGAUUGACCUGACUUCCUGUGUGACGGUGUCAGACUGUGAUGUAGAGAAGAACUACGGACUACAGAUCCAUACAAAGAGGACAGUGUUCACUCUUUCUGCAAUGACCUCUAGAAUUCGGCGGAACUGGGUGAAGUUACUUCAACAGGCAAUCCGAGACAACACAUACCAAUCCGAGAGCAGCAGUGAGAAAGAGAACCCCCUCUCUCAGGGCUCGUCGCCAUGCCAACCACCUGCUGGCUUCACCUGCACCGACUCUGGCUCUGAACGCACAAGAGCUUCCGCAGCAGGUGCACGCUCCCACCAGGCCGAGAACCAAAGUGCAGACGCGGACCUGGACUUGUCUCCCUCCACUCAGCGAGAGGAAGGGGAGGGCUGGGACAGAGACCAGGCCAAGCGAUUGGAGGAGAGGAACAGGUGGUUUGAAGACGGUGUCGCCUUCAGUGAGAUGGGCAGCAGGUGGGACUCAAUGGAGCUGAAGAAGGGGAGUGUGCCUGUGCCUGUAAUCGAAACCAUGGACUCAGAGGUCACCAGGAAGUGGAAUGAAUUUGAGAGCCUGUCAUUUAGGGACGUGAGUGCACAGACUCUCAUUGGGGCUCAAACUUAUCAGUCAUGCGUGUCACAGGAAUCUUUCAUUAACUCAAGGCCUGAGGAGUUGGUUACAGGAGAAAAAACAAAUCAUGUGAGCUCAAAAGACACUCUUCCAUCUCUAAAGGGCUUUGAAACAGCCCAACCAAAUAAAGGUCUCCAGGAGGAGGGCCUUUCCCUUGGCGAGCAGCCCCAGAGCAUCAGAAGAGACGUGGUGACUGAGGUUGACAGCCCAUGUGGUCCAGGGGCCCCCUGCAGGGCCAAGUUGAAAGCGAUGGUUGAGGCGCAUCAGAAAGCAGUGAGGGAACUCCAGGAUAAGCAUGCCCAGGAGAUCAAGGCGCUGGAGGAGGCCAGGGAUAAGAUGUUGCAGGAGGGCAGCCACGCUGCUGCCAAAGCUGUGGAGUCGCUGAAAGCAGCUCACAGAGCAGAGCUGGAGAGGGAGGUGGAGAAGGCCAGAAGGCUGGCUGGAGGGUCUGCACAUGUGGGAACUACAUACGCCAGCCACUGGCCACAUGCGGACCCCCUGCACAAAGAGUUAGACGGGCUGUCGGAACAAUACUCUCAGAAAUGCCUUGAGCUGAGCCGCACAGAGGAGAGCAGCAGAAGCAGAGGGAUGGAGCUUGGAAUGAAGGACAGAGAGCUGCAGCAGUUACGGCGAGAGAACCAGGAGCUGAAGGCCAAGCUAGCGGAGGAAAUCACCCGCAUGCGAUAUUUCAUCACAGGGCAGAGGUCAGAGGUGGGCUCUCGAGGCAACACUCAUCGCUCUGCAGCCGACAUCGAGACUCUGAUACAAGUUAAAGAAAAUGAGGUGCAGUCUCUCAAGAGGGAGAUCAGCUGUUUACAGAGUGAAGUACAAUCCCUCACAAAGGACAAGGAAGCAGCAUAUGAGCGUUACAAGGAGGCUUACGUGGAGCUCAGUGACCAGAAAGGACGAAGCCGCUUGGAGUUGGACUCCCUCAAGCAACACUUGAGUCUGACCAACGCUGCACUGCAGGAGCAAACCAGACAUACCUGACCACACCAGCACAA